AUGGCACAAUCUAUUGUGUUAUGCGAGAUAUGCGAUAAACGGGAAUAUGCUCAGAUUUGUAUAGACUGUGAUCAGUAUUUCUGCCAAGAAUGUAAGGAAGGACAUAUAAAAACUAAGACAACUAAGGACCACACGUUUCACAACAGCGAAACGUUUCAGCCACAGUAUAAGAAAUUGAGAUGCAGGAAACACGAACAGCAUUUCAUUUUCUUUUGUGAGAGAUGCCAAACUCUGGUCUGUCCAAUAUGUCUUCCAGAAAACCACCAAGAGCAUCGAAUGCUUAAAAUAGGUGAAGUAGCUUCUUUUCAAAAGAAAGAAUUGAAUGAGAUUAUCAAAACAUUUGUUACAAAAUUGAAUGAGUUUGAAGCAGGAGUGAAUAGUUUACAAAAUAUUACGGAAAAGUGCAAAGAAGAAAAUAAAGAUUUAAUUCAGCAUGUGGAUACACAAGCAAAGAGUAUUUUAAAUGUUCUAGAGAAUCAAAGACGAUGCAUCAUUGAAAGUAUUAAGCAAAAAGCAAGAACCGAGACAGAGAGAAUCUCCAUCAUAGUAGGGGGUCUCCAAAAUAACAUGAAAGAAGCCAAAGAGAUGGAAAGAAAGGCUAAAUUAGAUCUUCAGGGAAGCGAUACGUCAUUAUUGUCGAAUUUUCAAUUAAUCAAGUCGAAGGUUAAAACAUUUGAAUUCCAGGAUACGUCCAUUUUAACAUGUCCGGUUCAAUUUUCAAAGUACAAUGUCCCAAAGGAAGAGCUGUCACUUCUUGAAAGCAUCUUUAUUGGUAACUUAUGCGGUUUGAGUGAACAUGCAGAAAGAAAUACAUUGAAUAAUAUGAUGUCCAAGCAUGACGUGAAUAUAGCAGAAAUACAGAAAGCUCUCGCAAAUCAAAUUCACACCAGUGCUACAUACUCAAAUCAAAUAACCGCACUGGAAAAGAAAAGAAAAAUUCUCCAAACAGAAAAUGUUGACUUGACUAGAAGAAUUGAAACCUUAAGUUUCAAUUCUUACAGAGCUUUGAAAAAAACCCAGCAGCAGUAUGUUGAGUUAGAGGCCGCUAGAAGUGAAAUAACGAAACUUCAAAAACAGUAA